AUGGACAGCGGCGCGCUGCCCGGGCCCGCGCCCUCCGCGCCUGGCGUCUCGGGCGGCUGCGUCCCUCGGCGGCGACCCACAUCCCCAGAGCUGCUGCGCUGCAGCCGGCGGCGACGGCCGGGCGCGACGGAGACCGGGGGUGGCGCGGCGGCCGUGGCGCGGCGCAAUGAACGCGAGCGCAACCGCGUGAAGCUGGUGAACUUGGGGUUCCAGGCGCUGCGGCAGCACGUGCCGCACGGCGGCGCCAGCAAGAAGCUGAGUAAGGUGGAGACGCUGCGCUCGGCCGUGGAGUACAUACGCGCGCUGCAGCGCCUGCUGGCCGAGCACGAUGCUGUGCGUGCCGCGUUGGCCGAGGGGCUGCUGGCGCCAGCCGCGCGCCCCCCCGCGUCCUGCGGGCCCCCCGGGACCCCUGCCACCGCCCUAGGCUCGCCUUCUUGCGCUUCGUCGUCCCCGGGCGGCGGGGGCAGCUCGGAACCCGGCUCGCCGCGCUCCGCCUACUCCUCGGACGACAGCGGCUGCGAGGGCGCGCUCAGCCCGGUGGCGCGCGAGCUGCUCGACUUCUCCAGCUGGUUAGGGGGCUACUGA